AUGUCGCGUGGAACGACUUUACAACAACUGAAGGAAUCUGAGCUCUGGUGGUCCGGUCCACCAUGGAUGAGAGGAAAAGCGGCGAGCAUCAAGGACAAUGAGGACUGCGAGCAAAUAGAAGAAAUUACCAAAGAAGUUGAAAAAGAGGCGCAGGCAUCCAAAAUGGCUUGCAACCUAGUCAGCAGGAAGAAUUCCGUACUACAAGAAUUAAUAAACAAGUUCUCCUCGAUAACCAAGAUGGAACGAGUAUUGGCACACUGCAUUCGAUUCACGAGGAAUCUUCGCAAAUUCACAGGAGAACGAAAAACAUUGAGCCUAUCCGCCAGUGAGGUGAACGAAGCACACCUCCUCCUGAUACGACAUGUACAGGCGAGCGAGCUCGCCAACGAGAUAGCAAACUUGAGAAAAAAUCACGAGUUGAACGCCAGCAGCAAGAUUCUCCAAUUACAGCCUUUUUUAGACAAGCAGGGCAUCCUUAGGGUGGGAGGCAGGUUGCACCAUACACCUUGGGAAUUCGAACGAAAACACCCCAUUAUCCUGCCCGAUCGAAACAGAUUUUCAAGACUAUUGUUCGUGAGGGAACAUCAACGAUUGUUGCACGCUGGUCAACAGCUGCUAUUAGCAUCUAUAAGAGAGAAAUAUUGGCCUCUUAGAGGACGAGAUUUAGCCAGACGCACAUGCCGCGAAUGCGUACGAUGUUUCCGAGCACAACCGCCAGCAAUGCAUCAGAUCAUGGGAUCUCUGCCCCGUGAUAGGGUCAAUCCGGAUCGCGCAUUUGCCAUAGUGGGUAUUGACUUCGCUGGCCCAAUUGCGACUCUGAUCAGCAAAGGUCGAGGCAGAAGGACCCACAAAUCAUACAUCGCGUUAUUCAUUUGCCUAUCCACUCGAGCUAUCCACCUAGAAGCCGCAAGUGAGCUCAGCACCGCGGCGUUCAUAGCGACCUUAAAAAGAUUUGUGGGAAGAAGAGGACGACCACUCAAAAUCUACAGUGAUAACGCGAAGAACUUUGUCGGUGCUAAUAAGGAACUCCAGGAGUUACGCAAAUUCGUUAAUAAUCAAGUCCAAGGAGGAUUUGGCAAUGAACUCGCCAAUGAAGGCAUAGAGUGGAGCUUUAUACCACCUCACUCACCACACAUGGGAGGUAUCUGGGAAGCGGGCGUCAAGUCUUGUAAACACCAUCUGAAAAGGGUGAUGGGAAAUUCGCAUUUCACAUUCGAGGAAUUCACAACAGUACUUAUCCAGAUCGAGGCAUGUGUCAACUCGAGGCCUUUAUGCCCAUUAUCCGCAGAUCCCUCUGACCUACAGCCUCUCACACCAGCGCACUUCAUCGCAGGAGGACCACUGACCAGCCUUCUUGAAGCGAACAUGAUAGAGACCAAACUCAAUCGCCUCAAUCGAUGGCAACUUGUGCAGCGUACCGUCCAGCAUUUUUGA